AUGUACAGCGGAAGUAGAAAACACCAGCACGAGCACAAGCAACGAACGGAGGAGGAUGAGGAGGAGGAGGAGGAGGAGGAGGAGGAGGAGGAGGAGGAGGAGGAGGAGGAGGAGGAGGAGGAGGAGGUGGUGGAGAAGGAGGAGGAGGAGGAGGAGGAGGAGGAGCAGGAGGAGCAAGAGGAGGAGGAGGAGGAGGAGGAGGAGGAGGAGGAGGAGGAGGAGGAGGAGGAGGAGGAGGAGGAGGAGGAGGAGGAGAACGAGGAGGAGAAUUUCAAGGAGGAGCAGGACGAGGAGGAGAAGGAAGGGGACAAGGAGGAGCAAGACGAGGAGGAAGAGGACGAGGAGAACGAUGAGGAACCCAUAUACCUCGCUCAUUGCACCAAGUCCCUCAUUCCAACAGGUUCAUCCUGCCUCUCCUACCUUUCCUUCCUCUCAAUCUCUCCUUCCCUUCUGUCCCGUUCUUCCUCUUCCCACCCCUCUUUCUUCCCCUCAACAAAUGACGAUGAGGAGGACGAGUUCCCGUUCGUCCCCACCCUCAAUCAUAGCUUCGUUCUCCUUGGCACUCCUUGCCUUGUUCCCACCUCUCCUCCACAACCCUCUUCCUCCCAUCACUUCCUCUCUUCUCCGAAUCCCUUCUCUUCCUCCCCUCCAGGUGACGAGGAGAACGAGUUUGGGCUCAACCAGAGGGCGGGCGCUGCUGAUGUGGCGCUGGCAAUCAUUGCGCAGGCGCAUGCUUCCUGGCAACUUCUCACCGAGGACAGCCCGCCGUGUCUCUCCCCCUGGAGCCCCAUCAACCUCGUGCUCUCCGCGCCCAAGUCCCCCCUCUCUCCCCUUCCCCCAACCAGCACCGUCCCCCGGUUUUCCGGGACUCUGGAUAUUGACGACGCCGCUGACGUGGAUCUGCGCAGCAGCAGCGGCGGGGAAGGGCGGGGAGGGGGAAGCGCUGGAGACACGUUAAGCUGGCUGGUGCCAGCAUUCCUCGCCGCAUCGCUGCUCACUGCCUUCCUCCUGCUGCUGCUCAUCGUUAGCCUCUCUGCCUCCGCCAAGGCAAAUCUGCAGGCCAACAGCGUCAACAGCGUCUUCUUCUGUGCCUUCCAUGUCAGUCAGCUGCCCUUCUUGCCAGUCAGCUGCCCUUCUUGCCAGUCAGCUGCCCUUCUUGCCAGUCAGCUGCCCUUCUUGCCAGUCAGCUGCCCUUCUUGCCAGUCAGCUGCCCUUCUUGCCAGUCAGCUGCCCUUCUUGCCAGCUAUGUCGACGUUUUCCAACACAGGGGCGGCACUGCUGAACGAUAACCUAAUGGGGUUCGUGAGGGCGCCAGCUCUGGUCAUCGUCACGUCGGUCUUCAUUCUCAUUGGCAAUACCAUCAUGUACCCGCCCACGCUGCGAGCCCUCCUGCUUCUGCUCCGGCACUUCUCACGAGGAGAGAAAAGGUUCGUCUACUCCUACCUUCUCGUGCACCCACGCAAGUGCUACACGCACCUCUUCCCACCGCGCUCCACCGUGAUGCUCGUGCUAACAGUGCUCGCGUUCAAUCUCACGGAGUUUGUCUUCUUCUGUGCCACUGACUGGACCUCGCCUGCCAUUGACGGCUUCACCAGUGAGUUGCAUGUGGACUGCGGGCGGGACCAAGGUACUGGCAGGAUAUUUCCAAUCUGUGAGCACACGCAACGCGGGAUUCAACGUAAUUGCCAUCGGCCUCCUGCGCCCCCCCAUGCUGCUGCUAUACCUGGGCAUGAUGGGGGGGUGUUGGACCACGGGGUGUUCACCCAGGGCAGAGGGCUGCUCCUGCGCGAUUCAGCGAUGCUCUUCAUGGCUCUGCUGGUGAUCUGCCUCAUAGAGAGCGCCAACAUCACCAACGACAUCUCCAACUUCAACAUCUUUAACAUCGCCUUUGAGCUCAUCAGUGGAUACGGCAAUGUGGGUCUCUCCCUGGGCUACACCUGUCCACCUGAAGCUGGCCCCAGCUGUGUCUCCCCUCCUUACAGCUUCUCUGGUGUGUGGAGCCCUUGGUCCAAGCUGGUUCUCGUGCUGGUAAUGCUGCUGGGCCGCCACAGAGGCCUGCCUGACAACAUCGACGCUGCCAUCUCCCUCCCCAACCGCAACCAGUUCAUUCCUGAACCACCUGCACUGCCUGCCCCACCUUCUGCAUCUGCUGUAUCUGCCGUCCCUGUUGUCGCACCUUGCAUGCGUUCCACAUGUGCACCAAGGUGA